UGCCGUUCUGAAAGCGUCCAUAGCACCCACAGAGAUGUUGGCAACGAAAAGCUAACCAGAUCAAACUCACUGAAGCAAAGGACAUUUGGCUUUUAUUUAAAUGUUUUCCGUUUAUUAAUGAUGUGAAGAUGACCUCAAAUAAUCCAUCAGUUUUUCUUCUCAUGGUUAACGGGCAAAUCGAAGCAGCUAAUUUUCCAGAAUAUGAUGACCUGUACUGCAAGUAUUGUUUUGUGUAUGGACACGAUUGGGCGCCUACGUCAGGGUUAGAAGAAGGAAUAUCUCAAAUAACAUCAAAGGGAAGUGGAUCUCAGAAUCUGGUGUGGAAUUUCCCAUUGGACAUCACGUUUAAAAGCACCAAUCCAUUUGGCUGGCCUCAAAUUGUAGUUAGUGUGUAUGGCCCGGAUACCUUUGGGAAUGACGUUGUCCGGGGAUAUGGAGCUGUGCACAUCCCCUUUACUCCUGGAAAACACACCAAAACCAUUCCCAUGUUUGUUCCCGAGUCCACAUCAAGACUGCAGAAGUUCACAAGCUGGCUGAUGGGAAGGCGUCCAGAGUUCACCGAUCCCAAAGUUGUUGCCCAGGGAGAGGGAAGAGAAGUUACAAGGGUGCGCUCGCAAGGUUUCGUGACACUGCAGUUCAACAUUGUUACAAAGGACAUGAAGAAGCUGGGUUACGACACUACUUCAGAGCAUACACCCGCUCCAGGACCGACACGAACAGAGCAGACGUAUGGAACGUAAUCUCAACAGCAGAAAAAAUGCUUUGUUUUAUGUAGUUUUGCACCUUUUUGUAUUUAUAGAUGUUUUGCAAGUUUUAAUAAACUGGUGACUUUAUUUUUAAAAACCCAUAAGUUAACAUG